ACUGAAGUUCGGGUUGCCUUUGCGUGACGUCAUCACCCCGCGCCCAGAGUUGGGUCAAGUAAAUAGCUCCGCCGUGUCGCAAUGGACUCAAACAAGGACGAAGCGGAGCGUUGCAUCAAAAUCGCACUGAACGCAGUCAGCAACAACCAGCCGGACAAAGCCAGGAAGUUUUUAGAGAAGGCCCAGCGUUUGUUCCCGACGGACCAAGCCCAAAACUUACUGGACACGCUCGCGCACAAUGGGAAGCCCCCGGACCAGAACGGCGGACCGGCUAACGGAGAAAGAGCCUCCACGAGGCACCGUCAUCACCGAGAGGACGCUGAAACGUCCGCGCAGGGGCCCGCAGAAUCGACAAAACCUUACACCGCCGAGCAGAUGGAGGCGGUCAGGAAGAUUAAGGGCUGUAAAGAUUACUACCAAAUCCUGGGGGUAGAAAAGACCGCCUCCGAUGAAGAUCUCAAAAAAGCGUACCGGAAGCUGGCUCUCAAGUUCCACCCUGAUAAAAACCACGCGCCCGGAGCCACCGAUGCAUUUAAAGCCAUCGGUAAUGCCUACGCCGUGCUGAGCAACGUUGACAAGCGGCGGCAGUACGACCAGUACGGCGAGGAGAGGUCGCACCCGAGCAGACAGCGGCAGCACCGUGACUUUGAAGCCGAUAUUUCACCGGAGGACCUCUUCAACAUGUUCUUUGGCGGAGGCUUCCCAUCCAGUAACGUACAUGUUUACAGAAACGGAAGAAUGCACUUUGCGCACCACAACAGGCAAGAGAGAAGAGAGCAGCAAAGAGAUGGAGGCCUGGCUCUGUUUGUUCAGCUGAUGCCCAUCCUCAUCCUCAUCCUGGUGUCUGCGCUCAGCCAGCUCAUGGUCACGCAGCCUCCCUACAGCCUUAGCUACCGCCCGUCGGCGGGUUACGUUCACAAAAGGCAUACGUCCCACCUGAAGGUGCCUUUCUACGUGGGCGAGCGCUUUAACGACGACUUCAGCGGAGCUGACCUGAAGAAUGUGGAGAGAGGGGUGGAGGAGGACUACAUCUCCAACCUCAGGAACAACUGCUGGAAGGAGAAGCAGCAGAAGGAAGGCCUAAUGUAUCGCGCCCGCUAUUUCGGGGACUCGGAGUUGUACCAGAGGGCGCAGAGGAUGGGGACUCCCAGCUGCAACCGGUUAUCCGAGAUUCAGGUCAUGCUGGACGCUUAGAAGCUGUUUGGACUGUUACGGGUCCUUUUGGUACUUGAAUCGUUUUGGAGGACCGCAUCGGUAGCCUCAGCCCCCCCCCCCCAAAUCGGAGCGCAUCUGUGCAGCAAACCCAAGAGAAUCAAAACAAGCCUUACGCACUGUGGGCAGCAGACCUGAUCCGGGAACCACUCCGCAGCUUCCUGUGGACCACCGACUUGGCGUACAACAAACAGGAGGCUUCGGCUGACCUUUUCUUCCCCUCUCGCCAGUCUAUGGGAUGGCGAGGGUCCGCAGGUCGUCCCUUUGGAGUAGGAAACAAAGCUGCUAAGAUUGUGAUUUU